AUGGCGUGCGGCGCGCUGCUGGUGGCGCGAGGUGGGCUUUGCGGCUCCGUCCUAGUCCAACACCUUGACCACUACACCAUAGGAGUGAACAAUUGUGAAAGCUCAUCUUGUGUUUCUCUUGCAGGCUUACGUGGCUGCUUGCCUCGUUACUUGCAGGGUGUUCUUGCCGCGCCACCGCCCUGCUCAGCAUUCCAUGGACAAACUUUCCUUGUACGAGGGCUUGCAGUUGAAGCUAAGAAAGUAUACGUGCGGGACAAACCACAUGUCAACAUUGGGACCAUUGGGCAUGUUGACCACGGCAAGACCACAUUAACAGCAGCCAUCACCAAAAUUUUGUCUGAGGCUGGAGGCGCCCGGUUCAAGAAAUAUGAAGAGAUCGAUAAUGCACCAGAAGAGAAAGCACGUGGGAUCACAAUCAAUGCCUCCCACAUAGAAUACGCAACAGCCAAUCGUCACUAUUCACACACAGAUUGUCCUGGGCAUGCUGAUUAUGUCAAGAAUAUGAUCACAGGGACAUCACCGCUGGAUGGCUGUAUCUUGGUGGUGGCUGCGACGGACGGUCAGAUGCCUCAGACGAGAGAGCACCUUCUGCUUGCUAAACAGAUUGGUGUGAAGCACAUUGUCGUGUACAUCAACAAAGCUGAUGCUGUCGAUGACAAAGAGAUGCUGGAUUUGGUGGAGUUGGAGAUCCGCGAGCUUCUGACGGAGUUUGGCUACAACGGGGAGACGACUCCUGUCAUCAUAGGCUCUGCUCUGUGUGCUUUGGAGCAUCGGAACCCGGAGUUGGGCUUGAAUUCAGUCAUGAAGCUGCUGGAUACGGUGGACACCAACAUCCCCGUGCCGGAGCGCGAGCUCGACAAACCUUUCCUGCUCCCCAUAGAGCACACUUACUCCAUACCAGGCCGGGGUACUGUGGUGACAGGCACACUCGAACGUGGCAUUAUUAAGAAAGGGGAGGAGUGUGAAUUCGUGGGGUUCAACCGGAACAUGCGCUCGGUGGUAACUGGUAUAGAGAUGUUCCAUAAACAACUGGAGCGAGCAGAGGCUGGUGACAACCUGGGCGCUUUAGUGCGCGGGCUGAAGCGGGAGGAUCUGCGGCGGGGGAUGGUCAUGUGCAAGCCCGGGUCUAUCCAGCCGCACCAGAAGGUUGAGGCUCAGGUUUACAUCCUGAGCAAAGAGGAGGGUGGUCGUCACAAGCCAUUUGUCUCAAAUUUCACACCAGUCAUAUUUUCUCUGACGUGGGACAUGGCCUGCCGCUUGGAACUGCCUGAGGGGAAGGAGUUAGUUAUGCCGGGGGAGGACACCUCUCUAAUGAUGGUAUUGAGACACCCCAUGGUCUUGGAGGUGGGGCAGCGAUUCACAAUGCGUGAUGGACACAAAACCAUUGGCACCGGAGUGGUCACAAAGACACUGCCCGUGACUCCGGCAGAUAAAGAGAGGUGGGAAAAUUAA